AUGACAGCAAUACUAGGUGCUGGUAUAUCAGGUUUAUCAGCUGCAUAUUAUGCUCUUGAAAAUCCAAAAAUGGCACCAUUAGUUAUAUUAGAAGCUUCAAAUCGUGUAGGUGGUUGGAUACGUUCUGUAAAACAAUCCGAUGGAACAAUCUUUGAAACAGGUCCACGGGUUAUUAGAGCUAACACAAAUCAUUUAUUAAAUCUAGUGGAAGAAUUAGGAUUAUCAUCUAAAGUUGUUCCUAUUAAAGCUGGACAUCCUGCUGCUAUCAAUCGAUAUAUAUAUGCAGAUAACAAAUUGCAUUGUUUGCCUAAUAGUCUGAAAGGAGUUAUGACAAAAAAUACACUGUUAAAUUGUUCUCUAAGUAAAGUUUUGUUGAAUGAUUUCAAAGCAAUAAAGGUUUCUAAAGAUGAUGAAAGUAUAUAUAGUUUUAUAGAAAGGAGAUUUGGCAAAGAUAUAUCUGAAAAAUUGGUUGCUCCAGUAUUAUGUGGAAUUUGUGGUGGUGAUAUACAUAAAUUAAGUGCAAAAUCUUUUAUGACACAUGCAUUUGAAGCUGAACAAAAAUAUGGUUCUAUAUUUAUAGGUCUUUUCAAACAAAAAUUUGUAGACUUGUUAAAUAAAAGCAAUGAACAAGAAAUUAAAUUGAAAAAUAUGAAUGAUACUCAAACAAUAACAAAAUCACAUAACACACCACUGUUAGCACAAAAAGCUAAAACAGAAGCUUGGAAAAUAUGGGGACUUCAAGGAGGUUUUGAACAAUUGCCUCAAGCAUUAGCUGAGAAUAUAUCUAAACGUGGAGUAAAUAUAAAAAUGAAACAUAACUGUGAAGAAAUUGUAUUUAAUAAAGAUUGUGUAGAAUUAAUUGUAAAUGGAAAAGUUGAAAGAUACUCUAAUGUUAUAUCAAGUUUGCCUGCUAAAAGUUUAGCUAAUUUAAUACAAAAGCAACAUCCAGAAUUAUCUAAAGAAUUACACAAUGUUCCUACAGUAACAAUAGCUGUUAUUAAUCUUCAAUUUUCUGAAAAUGUUUUACCUGUAAAAGCUUUUGGAGUUCUUGUUCCACCAAAGGAAGAAAUUCCAAUUCUGGGUAUAAUAUUUGAUUCGUGUGCCCUUCCUCAAAACUCCAAAAUGACAGUACUGACAGUAAUGAUGGGAGGGGCAUGGUUUGAAAAAUACUUUGGUAAAUGCUCAUCUGAAGAACAUUUAAAAAUGGUAGCAGUUAAAUAUGUAAAUGAACUCUUAUACAUUAAUGAAGAUCCCAAGGCAUGUCAUGUUUCCGUUCUGAAAGACUGUAUUCCACAAUAUAUGAUAGGUCACGCACAACGCUUAACUCGCAUCCAAGAUUAUAUCUGUGCGCACAAAAUACCUUUAGGGCUGUGUGGCUCUUCAUACCACGGUGUAGGAGUCUCUCAUGUUAUUCUGUCAGCAAAAGAAGCUGUUUCUAAUAUCAAUCAACAUAUAUAGAUUUAUAAAAUUCAAAUAUGAAUGAAGCUUGACAAAUUAUAUAAAAUACUUUCUUCUGAUUCAACAACAAAAUAA